UCAAGUUGUUGCCUAUGCGGUGAAGCUAUGGCGGCUCGAGUGAGUUGGGGAGGACGUGUUACAGGCUUGGGCUCGGCGGAGAGCAAAUAUACACGCGAAGAAUAGUUCCUGUUCCGUCUCUCAUCUGCAACGGUUGCAGGUGUUGGGCGAGUGCGCCCGCCUCAGCACGGGGUGUUUGUUGAAGGCGCGGCUUUCCCCCUCCGUGGGUUGGUACUGGCUUGGAUCCUGGGUAUAUGAUCGAAAGGAUUUGUUUUGAUUUCGGGUCACAAGUUCACGACUUUGGACUCGGCUAUCAGGAUUUAGCCGAGCCUGAGGCCUAGCUGUGGAGUCCGUUUCCUUCGCAGUGGGCAGGAGAAGGUUUCACAAAGAGAGGUGCUUCCAACUCUCUUUCCGCAGUAACCGUCGAGGGCCGCCUCCGUUGCCCGCUGGAGGGCUGACGAUGUGCGAGUUAUUGCUGUGAGGCCAGCCUUUAAAACGUGUUCUAGGGAGAGUGACUCAAAUGCGGCGGUAACCUUGUCCCGCUAAGUGGGGCAAAAGCACUAAUUCCGACUGCACAUCGACCGUUUUGUCUGCAGUUUGCUGUGUUAUCGUUCUUGUCUUUGGCUAAUAAGUUUUUUAUUUAUUUAUUUUACCGUUGUAAAAGCUAAAUGACGGUAAAUAAACUCCGACCCGAUGGAAUAAUCGCACGGAUCUGCAAGCAAGGACAGGAGGUGCGUCGAAUUGCUGCUGAUUUAUUGAAAUGGAUGUAUUAAUGGAUGAAAGAUGAAUCUCUCGUUUUGUACAGAAAUCGUCCGUGGAUGUUGUGUGUAAAUAUUUUCACCUAUAUAUAAAUCCGGGUUGUUUAUCAUUUCUAAUCUUAAACGACAUUGUCACUCUGGAUCAGGAAGUGGCUCAAGGCGAGUUUCCUCUCUUCACAUUAACUGAGGCUCGUCACCAGUCCCAUAUGCCUUCAGCACUAGCCAUCUUCACCUGUCGGCCAAACUCUCACCCUUUUCAGGAACGCCAUGUCUACCUGGACGAACCUGUCAAAAUCGGUCGAUCGGUGGCACGCUGCAGACCAGCCCAGAAUAACGCCACUUUCGACUGCAAAGUGCUUUCCAGAAACCAUGCUCUUAUAUGGUUCGACCACAAAACGGGCAAGUUCUAUUUACAGGACACUAAAAGUAGUAAUGGUACGUUUAUUAACAGUCAACGAUUAAGUCGAGGGUCAGAGGAAAGCCCACCAUGUGAACUCCUGUCAGGGGACAUCAUUCAGUUUGGUGUAGAUGUGACUGAGAAUACCAGGAAAGUUACACAUGGGUGCAUAGUAUCUACUGUAAAGCUUUUUAUGCCAGAUGGUAUGGAAGGCCGGCGACGAUCUGAUGUUAUCCAAGCUCCUCUCCCACUUCCCAUUGAAAAGGUAGCUGCUAAUUCUCCCAGUAUGUACUCUCAGGAACUAUUCCAGCUCUCACAGUAUUUACAGGAGGCCUUGCACCGAGAACAGAUGUUGGAACAAAAGUUAGCCACCCUUCAACGGCUACUAGCUAAUACCCAAGAGGCAUCGGACAGUAGCUGGCAGGCUUUAAUAGAUGAAGACAGGUUACUAUCAAGGCUAGAAGUAAUGGGCAACCAGCUGCAAGCUUACUCAAAAAACCAAACGGAAGAUGGCAUAAGGAAAGAGUUGGUGACAUUACAAGAAGAUAAACAUAGCUACGAGACAACAGCCAAAGAGUCCUUGAGGCGGGUCCUUCAGGAGAAAAUAGAAGUAGUCCGGAAGCUAUCAGAGGUGGAGCGAAGUCUGAGUAACACUGAGGAUGAAUGCACUCAUUUGAAGGAAAUGAAUGAUAGAACACAGGAAGAACUAAGAGAACUGGCCAACAAAUACAACGGAGCUGUAAAUGAAAUAAAAGAAUUUGCAGACAAAUUAAAGCAAGCAGAAGGGAAACAAGAGGAGAUUCAACAAAAGGGCGUAUCUGAGAAAAAGGAGUUGCAGCACAGAAUAGAUGAAAUGGAAGAGAAGGAACAGGCACUUCAGGCUAGGAUUGAAGCUCUGCAGGCUGACAAUGACUUCACCAAUGAAAGGCUUACUGCUUUACAAAUACGGUUAGAACAACUUCAGGAGAAAAAUAUCAAGGAACACAACAGUAUAGGAAUCCAAGUUGAUGACUUGUUAUCUAAAAUUAAUGGAAGCACAGAUAAAGAGCACUUUCUGCUAAAGAGUGGAGGGGACUGCUCUGAGCUAUUCCAACAAUUCAUUGAGUGCAAGACCACCCUUAUAGCAGAAGACCAUCAUACCAAUGUCAAGGAAGAAGCUAAAAUGUUGAAAGUGGACUCUUCUGUCUACUCAGAAAAUCAACUGGAAGCAAAGGAAUCUGAUAUGUCCGAUACACUCAGCCCAAGUAAGGACCGGAGCAGCGACGACACUACAGAUUGCCAAAUGGAUGAACAGGAACUGAAUGAAUCUCUAACUAAGGUUUCAUUAUUGAAAGACCUAUUGGCAGAGGCGAGGGCCUCCAGCAGAAAACAUGAAAGUGAGCUGGAUCAUCUCAAGUAUGAGCUGCGACGUGCCCAUGCAGAAACUGGAGGUUCUGAGCAUGAGAUACAACAACUUCAACAGGAACUGAAGGGAGCACAAGACCUGGCCAGAACCAACAAACAAAAAUGUUUUGAAGUACAAGCACUUCUUGAAGAGGAAAGAAAGAUAAAUAAACAGCAAGCAGAAGAAUCAGCCAGGCAAAUCCAAGUUUUGCAAGCUCAGCUCUGUGAUUUACAGAAGGAUAUUGAAAUACUUAGAGAGGAGAAAGAGAUUGAAAUUGUCAAGACUCGUGAUCAAUUGGCAAGUACCCAAGAAGAGAUUGUGGCUUUGCGACAGACAGCAAUGGAAGCAGCAACAGGCCGUGAAACCGACAUUGCCAUUCUCCAAGGGGAGUUACUCAAGGUGCACACUGAGCUUGAACGAUGGCGACAAACUGCCUCAGAGUAUGAAUCAGAAAUCCUAAAUCUUCAAACCAAGCUCCAGCAUCAGACCCAACAGCAAAUUGAUAAACAGAAAGGGGAAGCAAUCCAAUUACAAGCUAAACUGGAUGAAUUGCAAAAGCAGAGCAAUAUUCUGCAAAGUGAUUGUGAUAUGCUUAGACAAGAGAAGGUUACUCUUUCAGAAAAAUUGCAACAAUAUGAGGAAGAACUCCAAUGUGCCCAACAACAGGGUAUCAAGUUGACCAAUGAUGUAAGUGGAUUAGAAAAUUCUCGCAAAGAGCUGGAACUUCAGGUUGGAUUUUUGAAGGAGCAACGUGUACAGGAGACAAAUGGACUGAGAUUGCAGCUUGCACAGGCUGAGAAAGAGACCCAGAAAUUACAGCAGCAGUAUGAAACAAAUCAAACCAUGUAUAUGGAGUUGAAGGAAAAGCUAGAUAGAACUCAGAAAGAGAACGAGUCCAUCACAGAAGAACUUGAAGGUUACAAAGAAAAUCUAAAAUCGCUGCAACAGAAGGGAAACAAUGGUGGAUUUUUCAAGUGGAUGCCAGUGAUGGCAGUGCUGGUUGCUGUGACAGUCGUAGUGUUAUACCCAGCAUUGAAUAGGGCCUCGCCCUGAAACUGCGUGAUAUGUCUCGAACUACAGAAUGUCUCCCCAUUGACAUUGGCUUUCUUUUACCACAGGGGCAAGCAGAUCUGUUUCCAUCCUUUUUACCUCUAACAAAACACAGCUGUUUCAAAGUACGACAGUAGGGUCUUUGCUUGAACUGUAUAAAAUGUAAUUGUAUAUAGAGAGAAUAAAAAUCGUGACUGGAUUCUACUCUAGAUAAUGUUUUAUUUGCAGUUUUCCAUUAUUUUAAAAUGACUUCUUUGGGAUUAUGUAAAGAGUUGUGGUGGCCUAAACAGGGCUUCUUGGUACCAAAAUUUAAAGAAAUGUGGAAUUCAAUUUGGUCUCACUUCUGGGUUCUGCUGUUUUCUUUAGCUACUAUGGUACAAUUCCACCUGCUGAUGCACAUUGGCCCAAAAGAAUGAUUACUAUGGGGCAGAAAUGGUUAACCUGCCAUCAGUUUGAUUUACCUACGAUGCUGUUAAGUUUCAAGAAUUAAAUGUAAUGGGAUUUCAACAUCUCCCAAUAGUUCCUAAAUCUCCAGUUUACUGAAGAGUGUGAAGAAGCAGCAGUAACUUGCAUUAUACAUGUAAAAAGCACGAGUUACUCUUAAUUUUUCUCCCUCCCAUUUAAUUGUUAUUACUAUUGAUAACCAUCUGAAUUGAUGUUUAACCCAGUGAAGGUAAGUGGACCACAGACCCUUCUGCAGUAUCAUCCAUGCUCCUCUGUGCAUCAGUUGGUGGGAAGCUGUGUAUCUUUGGGUAAAAAAGAAUGAAUGUUUGUUUGUUUUCCCUAGGAAUGGGGAUAUCUAUGUUAGAGGCUGACUGAAAUAUUUUUGAUGCACAGAAGUAAGCUUUUUGCUUAGAUGUUAGCCACAACUGGGACUCAAAUCUGCAAUCAUAAAGCAGUGUAAUGCUACUGCCUUAAUCACUACAUUCCCAGGACAGACCUUCAACUGUCUUUCAGACAGCUGAUAUGUUCACUAUAGGAGUCACACCAGCAAGCACUUUGUUUUGAAGCAAAUUACAGGAGAAAAUGGAUCAUCACCUUAAUUUUUUCAUGAAUCUUAGCCAGAAUGAGUUGGAUAUUGCCUUAUUUUAAAACUAAUUCAAUGUAUACAUUUUCAACCACAGAAUGUUGGUGCAGUUGUACAAUGCAAUUACAAAUAUUGGUACAAGACACGGUAGUCAAUCAGAUGAAAAAGAACACUUUAAAGUACAGCUUGUUUAAAAUAUUCUUGACAAAAAGUAGAUCUUCAAGAACAUAUUGACAAAUCUGCUAUAUAAUUUAUCUUAAGCACGUUGAGGGUGAGUGCAGGGUUUAUUAGGUGUCCCUUUCAUCUUGGGAAUUUUUUGUUUAAAUGGUUGUGGGGGAAAGAAACACUUGUCUGUGUGGAAACAAACAAAUCUGCUCUAAAGUUUGUUAGUCUGAGCAAAUGUUUAAAUGACUAUUAAGCUAUGAUAUUCCACCUCAACUGCACAUACACGUACACACACUCUCAUGCCAGUGGUCCUUGGUACCUCCUGUACAUAGGUUGUUUGCAAAUAUUGUUCUGAUAUGCUGAAUUGCAGAAAUGAAUUUUUUAAAGUUAAAUAAUUGUUUUAAAUCUAUUUUGUAAAAAAGGUUGAAAAGUAAAGUAGAAUUUCUGGAGUACAAAUUAAAGUAUUUGCACUAACAUAUGUGAUGUGCAUGAUUUAAUAAAAUAAAGUUUGCUCUC